AUGCACUACGAAGGAGCGUGGGGCGUCCUGGCCACGGCGCUCGCCGUGGCGCUCGCAGCCUAUGUGUUCUGCCGCGCAAAGCGGCUUCCGGCCAAGGAGAUCGAACGUGUUUACCCCGAGGCGGCGCAGCCGGGCUGGAAGGGCACGCUGCGUGCGGAUCCGGCGCCGCCGCCCGUCGCCCACGGCCAGGUGUUUUGCUACGACCCGGCCACCGGCUACGUCCUCGAUCAGUUUCCUUCGGAUACCCCAGAAACGAUCUAUGCCAAGGUCACGCAGGCCGCGGCGGCGCAGCGCACAUGGCGCGCGUCGUCGUGGGAGGAGCGCCGCCAGCUCCUGCGCACGAUCCAUGCAUGGGUCCUGCGCGACAUGGAGAUGAUCGCGCGCAUCGCCUGCCGCGACACCGGCAAGACGGCGAUCGAUGCGGCCUUUGGCGAGCUGCUCACGACGUGUGCCAAGCUCCAAUGGACGAUCGCCAACGGCGAGCGUGUGCUGCGUCCGGAGCAGCGCAGCGGCAAUCUUCUGCUGGCGCACAAGCGGUGCACGGUGGUGCACGAGCCGCUCGGCGUGGUCGCCGCAUGCGUCUCGUGGAACUACCCGGUGCACAACAUGCUGGGCCCGGUGAUCUCGGCGCUGUUUGCUGGCAACGCGAUCGUGAUCAAGUGCUCGGAGCACGUCGCGUGGACCUCGCGGCACAUCCUCGCCGCGGUGCGCCGCUGCCUUGCGGCGUGCGGCUUCCCCGAGGACCUCGUGCAGGUCGUCGUAUGUGCGCCCGAGCACGCCGAGUCGCUCACGCGCGACGCGCGCCUCGCGCACAUUACGUUUAUCGGCAGCGACCUGGUCGGCCGCAAAGUCGCGCUCGCUGCUGCGCCGCAGCUCACCGCGACGACGCUUGAGCUCGGCGGGAAGGACCCCGCGGUGAUCCUCCCCGGAACGAACCUCGCGUUCUUUGCGUCAAUGUUCCUCCGUGCAUGUUUCCAGGCGAUGGGCCAAAACUGCAUCGGGAUCGAGCGCUUCAUCGUGCCGCGGUCGAUGGCCGACGAGCUCGUAGGCGUCGUGAGCGACCGCAUCGCCGCGCUGCGCUGCGGCAGCACGCUCGACGAGACGCGCUUCGGCCUCGCGUCCGAGCGCGAGGACGCGGUGGACUGCGGCGCAAUGAUCAGCGAUGCGCGCUUCGGGCAGCUCGAGGCGCUGAUUCAGGACGCAGUCGCGCACGGCGCGACGCUCGUGCACGGCGGCCGCCGCCUUGCGCACCCCCGCUGGCCGCUUGGCCACUACUUUGCGCCGACGCUCCUGACGAACGUCACGCCGGACAUGAAGAUUGCCAACGAGGAGCUCUUUGCGCCGGUCUUUUUGAUCAUGGUCUACGACACGGUCGACGAAGCGGUGCGCAUCGCGAACGGCACGCCGUUCGGCCUCGGCUCGUCCGUCUUUGGCCCUGAGCGCGGGCUGUGCCUCGACGUUGCAUCGCAGCUCGAGUGCGGCAUGGUCAACAUCAACGACUUUGGCAUUUCCUACCUGAACCAGGGCCUGCCGUUUGGCGGCUGCAAAGACUCGGGCUACGGCCGCUUUGCGGGCCCCGAAGGGCUGCUCGGCCUCACGCGCCCCAAAGCGCGCACGGAGGACGUGGCCUUUGGCCUGGUCCAGACGUCGAUCCCGCCGGUGGUCGACUACCCCAUCCGGAAUACGGCCAAGAGCUGGCAAUUCUUGCGCGGCCUCGUGCGCCUGGCGUUUGGCUCGCUCACGGAGCGCGCCCAGGGCCUCGUCGGAGUAGUAGGUGCCAGUCUAUAG